CAGUAUCCAAUCUGGCAACCCACAUGGCAACCGAAAGUGAAGCAAAGUGAAAAGUGCCGAAAACAACUGUGUGUGUUCUGGAAUAAAAAAGGCCAGGUUGUGACGUCACGGACAUGCGUUUUGACAUAUGGCUAUGGGAGCAGAAAGAAAGAAAGAAAGAAAAAACACCAACAUCGCGACGCAAAAGAGCAAGAAGAACUUAAAUCGGACGCUUUUAUCCAAAGCGACUUACAAAUGAGAAAAAUACAAGCAAAGCGAUGUAUCAAGCAGAGAACAAUACAAGAAGUGCUACUGUACAAGAUCCGUUAAUUGAAUUCCAGAAGAAGCAAAGUGCAGAGUAGAGGUGGGACCCCUGACAAAGUUUUUUUUAGGGCCCCCAGAAGACUAGGACCGGCACUGGAGGUUCCACUUCCAGUUCAUCCUAAAGGCUGCGUGAGGUUAUGGAGCGGAUCGGUGAUGUCAUGCAGAUGUGCUGUGAGGUUUCAUCCAAUCGGCAGAUGAAGGCAGCAGUGAGGAAUUCUGGGAAAGGAGCGGUGGUGGCAGGAGGAAGUGCAUUUUUAGGAGGACUGCUGCUCGGACCUGCCGGAAUCGCUGUUGGCGGGGCAGUCGGGGGUCUCCUGGGCUGGGGGAUGACGAGCGGUCAGUUUAAACCGGUUCCUCAGAUCCUCAUGGAGCUUCCUCCUCAGCAGCAGAGGAAGCUUUACACGAACGUGAUGGCGGUUUUGGGCUCGUUGGACUGGACCGACGCCCUGCAGCUCAUCGCCCUCGUGAUGGGGAACGCCAGCAUGCAGGAGCGCAUCAUUGCCACCAUCCUCACCUACGUCACCAACGAGCUCCACGCUGAGAUACGAUACGGAGACUGAGAUACACGACCAGCACACACAACAUCAACAACAGCUUCAACUACAUCAACAACAACAACAACAUCAACAACAACAACAACUACUACAUAAACUUUCAGCAGAUUCACCUCUGUCAACUUUUAUUUUAUUUCAUUUUCAUAUUUUAUUUAGUUGCUUGAAGGUAAAUUUCAGAAACUGUAGAAAAGAUUGUGUGUGGUGUAGAACAUGUGGGAAACACUUUACACUUUGUGUGUGUGUGUGUGUGUGUGUGUGUGUGUGUGAGAAGAAACCAUAAAUUAAUUCAAUUAGAUUUAAAUAAAUAAAGUUGAAUAAACCUCCUGCUUUUUUUCUUA